AGUAGCCAGGCGAGAGACAAGCUGGCCAGAAACACAAACAGCAUGGAAGAAGACGCAAUUUGAAAAUUGUGGUUCUUGACUUGUCUUGGACAGUAUUUGACUUACCAAAGUUCUUGUUGUGUUUAUGAACUUAACCUGCUAUUCGGAAGAUGUGGGGAGUGUGUAGUCGGGCCCUCGUGUGGUGCAUUUUCACGUUGAUCUUCUGCAUUGUGCCACAAACGGGUCUCUGCGAAGCCACACUCUCGCUGCCAGAGAGUCUCCUCUUUGUGUCCACGCUGGACGGGAACCUCCACGCCGUCAGCAAGAGAUCAGGUUCCAUCCAAUGGACACUGAAGGAAGAUCCUGUUCUUCAGGUCCCUACGCACGUGGCCGAGCCGGCAUUUCUCCCCGACCCCAACGACGGCAGCCUGUACUCUCUGAGCGGGAAGAACAACGAGGGUCUGACGAAACUUCCCUUCACCAUCCCGGAGCUGGUGCAGGCCUCUCCAUGCCGCAGCACGGACGGGCUCCUGUACACGGGUAAGAAGCAGGAUGUGUGGUAUGUGGUUGACCUACUAACGGGUGAAAAACAGCAAACCCUGACCUCGUCUUUUGCUGAGAUGCUCUGCCCGUCGUCUUCGCUGCUUUUCCUUGGACGCACCGAGUACACCAUCACCAUGUAUGACACCAAGAGUCGAGAGCUGCGCUGGAACGCCACCUACUCCGACUACGCCUCCACCCUGCCCGACGACGACACCUUAUACAAAAUGGCCCACUUUGUGUCCAACAGCGACGGGCUGGUGGUGACGGUGGACAGCGAGUCGGGCGACGUCCAGUGGGUGCAGAACUACGAGUCGCCGGUGGUGGCGGUGUACAUGUGGCAGCGCGAGGGCCUGCGCAAGCUGCCACACACCAACAUGGCCAAGGACACGCUGCGCUACCUCACCUUCAUGUCCGGCGAGGUGGGCCGCAUCACGCGCUGGGCCUACCCCUUCCCCGAGAAGGAGAAGCCCGAGGACAAGCUCACGCCUACGCUGUAUGUGGGUCGCUACUCCACCAGCCUGUACGCCUCGCCCUCUCUGGUUCACGACGGGGUCACAGUCAUGCCGCGGGGUAGUACCUUCCCCAUGCUGGAGGGCCCCAACAGCCAGCAGAGGCGUGUGGACAAGGGGCAGGGCUGCGUCAUCACCCCCAGCACAGACAUCCACCCGGGCACGGCCCUGGAGAAGACCAGGCACUUCAACUUCAUGUGGAACCACCCUCUAAUCAUAGGUCACCAUGAGAUGCCACCUGAUGCCCACAGCUCCCUGUUGGAGAGCUUUCCUGAGAAUGUGCCUCGUCCCCCCCAUAAUGUCAUCCCCCCCACCACAGAGAAGACCCAUGAGGAGAAGGUGAACGACAGCGGGAUGGAGCAGACCAGCGGGCCUCCCCCGGUCACAGACAUCCAGGACAAGCCAGGGCGCGUGGUGCGUCCCGAGGCGCCGGUGGACUCCAUGCUGAAGGACAUGGCCACCAUCAUCUUCAGCACCUUCCUGCUGGCCGGAUGGGUGGCCUUCGUCAUCAUCUACCCAAAGAGUGUGCAGAAGCAGCAGCAGCUGCAGCACCAGCAGUUCCAGCGGCAGAUGGAGCAGAGGCUGGAGCUCCUGCAGCGGCAGCACCCGCUCUUCCAGCCGCCCGACGCCCUGCCGCCCGACGCCGACGACUUCCUGCUGCGCGCCGCCGAGAGCUCGGACCACAGCAGCCCCGUGGGCACGCCGCGCGCCUCCAACCACUCCAACCUCUCGCUGUCCGAGCUGGGCAGCUCCGCCAACGAGCACGACGAGACCGAAGACGAGUCAAACAUUGUCCGAGUCGGCAACAUCGUGUUCAACCCCAAAAACGUGCUGGGCCAUGGAGCAGAGGGGACCAUUGUGUACAGGGGUCAGUUUGAUAACCGCUCGGUGGCCGUGAAGCGGAUCCUUCCGGAGUGCUUCAGCUUCGCCGACCGGGAGGUGCAGCUGCUGCGGGAGUCGGACGAGCACCCCAACGUCAUCCGCUACUUCUGCACCGAGCGCGACCGCCAGUUCCAGUACAUCUCCAUCGAGCUGUGUGCGGCCACGCUGCAGGAGUAUGUGGAGCGGCCUGAUUUUGACCGCCACGGUCUGGAGCCCGUCUCUCUGCUGCAGCAGGCCAUGUCUGGCCUGGCUCACCUCCACUCACUCAACAUAGUGCACCGGGACCUGAAGCCCCACAACAUCCUGGUGUCCAUGCCAAAUGCCCACGGGCGCGUGCGCGCCAUGAUCUCGGACUUCGGGCUGUGCAAGAAGCUGGCGGCGGGCCGUCACAGCUUCAGCCGGCGCUCCGGCGUGCCGGGCACCGAGGGCUGGAUCGCCCCCGAGGUCCUGAGCGAAGACUGCAAGCACAACCCGACGUGCACCGUGGACAUCUUCUCGGCCGGCUGCGUCUUCUACUACGUGGUGUCCUCGGGCAGCCACCCGUUUGGGAAGUCGCUGCAGCGGCAGGCCAACAUCCUGCAGGGCACCUACAGCCUGGAGCAGCUGCAGCCCGACCGACACGAGGACAUUGUGGCCCGAGAGCUGAUCCAGCAGAUGCUGAGCAUGGAGCCGGAGCAGCGUCCGUCGGCGGAGCGUGUGCUCAAGCACCCCUUCUUCUGGAGCCUGGAGAAGCAGCUGCAGUUCUUCCAGGACGUGAGUGACAGGAUUGAGAAAGAGCCGCUGGACGGACCAAUCGUGCGACAGCUGGAGAGAGGGGGGCGGGCCGUGGUGAAGGGAGACUGGAGAGAGCACAUUACAGUGCCUUUGCAAACAGAUCUCCGGAAGUUCCGCUCGUAUAAAGGUGGAUCUGUAAGGGAUCUCAUGCGUGCGAUGAGAAAUAAGAAGCACCAUUACAGGGAGCUGCCCCUGGAGGUGCAGGAGACGCUGGGCUCCGUCCCCGACGAGUUUGUGGCCUACUUCACGUCCCGCUUCCCGUCCCUGCUGGCGCACACCCACCGGGCCAUGCGCCUGUGCGCCCAGGAGCGCCCCUUCCUGCCCUACUACCACCACACCGAGCUGCUCCCUCCCCCGCCCCCACGGACUACUGCGCCCCCCGCGCCCCAACCCGCACAGCCGCCCCCGGCGGGCCCCUGUGCAGACACUGCCCCCCUCUGCUCGGAGGACAAACAGCAGCCCAGCGCGGCGGCAGCAGAGCCGCAGGCCACGGUCGAGCCCGCCGGCUCAGAGCACAGCGCGACGGCAGCGUUGGUCGCCGGACCUGCGGCCGCUGCAGCAGAAGCGCUCGCGCACGAGAGCCCCGCGGAGCCGGCCGGUCCACCCGCAGACCCGACGCAGCUCGGCGGGCCGGAGUGAAGACGGCCCGGGGCAAGGGUGAAGAGUCGUUGCCUUGGCGGUGGACACAUUCCAGGGGUCUGGCCUGCACUCUCUGCUCUCUGGCUCUGUCUCUGGUGUGGACCAGGCCUGCAGUGCCUGGGCCACGCCUGUAGGUGGAGCAGCAGCAGCAGUAGCAGCAGUCGUCUGCCCCCAAAAUUCCCCCUUACUCACACCCACUGAAGUGCCUUGACUUGGAACCCACGAGCGCCUCUGAGGUGUCCAGAGUUCCUGGCAAGGAGUCACAGGAGUGGCCUUGAGUGGCGGUUGAGUUGUGUGAUCCACAGGGAGAUCCUAAAGAGCCUGUUCUCUUUUGGAGUGCACACAUUCAGUGCAUGGAGUGGAGCAUUACAUUGAUUUUUGUUCUUUUUCAGACACUUGACAUUGACAGAUUUUUAUUUCUCUUAUCCUUGUGCAAUGUUGUUUAUAUUAGUUAAAUGAGUUUUCACUGUCAAAUGUUUAUUUUUGCAUAAAUACCAGUGGCUUGAUUAUGAUCUAAGCAGUAAUGAGUGCCUUAUGAAACACACACACAUGUACACACAAACAUACACCCACACACACACACAUACGCGCACAUAAACACACACACACACACACACACACACCGAACAGACUUUAAAUGAUUAUUGCAUUGUUGUGCGUAUGUGGUGCGGCUUCAGUGUGGACAUGUCUUAAUGGGUGAAUGGCCUGGUGUCCGUUUCCUGCUGAGUUCUCCCAGUCCUGAGAGAGUGACCGUCCGUCGCCAUGCCAUGCCUGUCUGUCUGAUGACGGACGAUGGGACACUUUUAGCUGUACAAGUGCACAUCCUCACGUCUCUUUGGGUUUUACCUGUACUUUUGUACUUUUUGUAUUCUUCUUUUUCACCUGAUCGGUUUAUGCCCAAGAGCAUUAUGGAAAGGUGUCCGAUGAGAUAAGUCUUGUUGUUUUAACACUACAUUUGAGUCCUAUUUUUCAUGAACUCACCGGGACAAGCUGAUUUAUGCUCUGAAGCCCAAAUUGGUGCACAAGUAUGAACUCCUCCCCUAUUUAUUUGGAGCAUUACAGUAGUAGUUUUUCCAGUCUCAGGAAACGGAGAUAGACGUUUAGAAUAAUCCGUCCUCUUGAUGUUGCCGUUCUUUGUCAAAGAGUUAACAUGCUUAAUUUAAGUGAAGCCCCUGAGUCCUUUGAAUUGUGUUAAUGGGGAAUCUAUUAAUUACAUUUUUAUUUUGUAAUGUGGGCCUGUGACUAAUGAUGGUUAUAAAUGCACAGUGUCAGUUCAAUUUUAUGAUGUGGUGUUUAGCUGGCUUUGAUUUUAUUGUGGAUGUGGAUGCCUGAGUAACGUGCAUCUUGGUGUUUUUUUCUUUCUUUUUUUAAUCAGUUCAUGCCCUUUGAGUAUGCAACGUCUCCUUUCUAAUGCAACAGGUUUUCCAGUCUUUGAUGCCAGACCACUUAUCUCUCGAAUUCAAGCUGCUAUGUGAUAUGCCAAAUAAAUAAAAUUACAAAGGA